GUCUGUCAAACUGUCAAAGUGAAUUUCUGAAGGAGUAGGUAUUUUGUAGGUUCACGAAUUCAUCGAUUUUUAGGGAAAAAAUGUAUAUUAGACCUCUUUUCGUUACUGUGCUAUUAUCACUAAUAAAUGGAAUACUUUCCAAAGGUGUGGAGCUCACAUUCGAGCUACCCGAUAGCGCUGUAGAAUGUUUUUACCAAGAUAUAGAGAAAAACACUUCUGCUUCUCUUGAAUACCAGGUCAUUACUGGUGGUCAGUAUGAUGUGGAUGUGAAGAUUGAGGGUCCGAACAAGCAGAUCAUAUACCAGCAGCAGAAGAUGCAAUAUGACUCACACCAGUUUGUAGCUCAACACACAGGUGUCUACAAGGUGUGUUUCAGCAACGAGUUCAGCACAUUCUCUCAUAAGCUGGUGUAUAUGGAGCUGAGUGUUGGACCUGAACAGCCUCUGCCAGGAGUUGGUGAUCAUGCUACAGUGUUAACACAGUUGGAGACUUCAGCAGAGGAAAUUCACUCAGCAUUGAACAGAAUAAUUGACCAUCAAACACACCACAGGCUACGAGAGGCUCAAGGCCGCAAGAGAGCAGAAGACCUUAACGAAAGAGUGUUCUACUGGUCUAUGGGCGAAACCCUGGCCAUCGUUUGUGUAGCAUUCGCACAAGUUAUGAUUCUAAAGAACUUUUUCAGUGACAGACCUACUUUAUACAACAGAAUGUAAAAUUUAGUUAAUUAAACAUUUUAUUUAAUAUAUUUUGGGCAUUA